AGGCAGAGGGGCCAGGACACAGACAGCCUCGUGCCGAGUGAAGGCGUUUGGUAUUGGGAGGCAAGAGGGAACCAUUGGAGGUUUUUAAGCUGAGGAGUGAGAUGAUCAAAGCCAGGUUAGAAGGACAUUUAGCUGACAGCCUAGACAGAGGCUGGAGGAAUGAAGAGGUUAGGAGACUGGAGAGUGAACAAAAGAAUGGGUGGAUGAGGACAGAGAAAUGAAAGGCUAACUUUAUGAUGAAUUCUGAAUCAGAAAAUAGAGGGUUUUGAUCUCCAACAUUCAUAUGCCCAAGAAGAGCCAAUUAAAGGCCUGGGGGUUUCUGACAAGGAACUAAGAGCAGACGGGCAGAGGCCUGCACUGUGGCCUGCAGCGUAGCAGAAGCCAAUGGCUGCGCUUCAGACUCCCGUGUUCCUGCUGGCCUGGGACUUCCUCACUCUCUGGAGUCUUGCCCCAAUUGUGUGUUUAAUUUCAGUCUUUUCCUCCUUUUCAGGUUUUACCACAGGAGAAUAACGUCUCCAUUCUAAUCUGAAAUGAAUUAUUUAUGCCUAUGAACAUGCUGGAUGCCCACCUGCCUUAUUUAUUUUUCGAAUAAUCCACAUGAACAGGAAUUCACACGAGGCAUGGCAAACAUAAUUUUGAGGAAAUCUGUUUACCGCUACUGACUCCAGAAGAGAGAACCUGACAGACCAGUAACAUGGAGGAAAUUGAGAAAGUUAUCAAAAAGCUGCCAUCUCCCAAAACACCAGGCCCACGUGGUGUUACAGGUUAAAAAAGAUCCUUCAUGAGGAAGAAAGAUCUUAAGCAACAUGGAUUCUGAAGCUCAUGAAAAGAGGGCGCCACUCCUAACAUCUUCGAAACAAGACAUAGCACCUCAUAUUGCACACGUUGGUGGAAUGAAGCAUUACUUGUGUGGCUGCUGUGCAGCCUUCAACAAUAUAGCCAUCACCUUCCCCAUUCAGAAGGUCCUCUUCCGGCAGCAGCUGUAUGGGAUCAGGACGCGGGACGCAGUCCUUCAGCUGAGGAGGGAUGGAUUUCGAAACUUAUACCGCGGAAUCCUUCCCCCCUUGAUGCAGAAGACGACCACGCUGGCACUGAUGUUUGGGCUCUAUGAGGAUUUAUCUUGCCUUCUCCAUAAGCAUGUCAGUACCCCGGAGUUUGCGACCCGUAGCAUGGCAGCAGUACUGGCAGGGACAACAGAAGCGAUCUUCACUCCACUGGAAAGAGUUCAGACAUUGCUUCAAGACCACAAGCAUCAUGACAAAUUUACAAACACCUAUCACGCGUUCAAGGCGCUGAAAUGCCAUGGGAUGAGAGAGUAUUAUCGAGGCUUGGUGCCCAUUCUUUUCCGUAAUGGUUUCAGCAAUGUCCUUUUUUUUGGCCUUCGAGGGCCCAUCAAGGAGCAUCUGCCGACCGCCACCACUCACAGUGCUCAUCUGGUCAACGAUUUUAUCUGUGGAGGUCUAUUGGGGGCCGUGCUGGGAAUCUUGUUUUUUCCAGUUAAUGUCGUAAAAACUCGCAUGCAGUCUCAGAUUGGUGGGGAGUUUCAGUCUUUCCCCAAGGUUUUCCAAAAAAUCUGGCUAGAACGGGACAGGAAACUGACAAACCUUUUCAGAGGUGCCCAUCUGAAUUACCAUCGGUCCCUCAUCUCUUGGGGCAUAAUCAAUGCGACUUACGAGUUCUUGUUAAAGAUUAUAUGAAAGAAGUCAGUUAAGUGCCAUUUAUCACUUGAAUAGACCUUCUAAGAAGAAUGUGGUUUGGCCUCAUUCCUAAUUGGCCAGGACAGUUGGUGUCCAGGGCACAAGGAAUUACGGGCACAGCUGUUUCCCUUAAGCACCAACGAAUCAGAAUAAAAGGUUUCAGCAGGAAAAGUUGAGGGAUUUGUUUUGUUUUAUUGUUAUCUGAGAACUUGAGGCUCAUUGCCUGGUUAAUAGCUGUCCAUCUGAUGGCUUUUGACAAGGAAACUAAUAGCCAAGAUUUUAUUUUCUUCUUCAAAAGUCUUUAAACUUUCUGUAUUGAAACGUAAGUGGCCAUGAGCAGCCGGAGGAAAGGUGUUUAGGGCCCGCUGAAUUCUCAGGCUGACCUCCGUUACUCCGUUUCGUCCUCCUCCGCCCUCAGGUGAGCUGCAGAGUAGGCUUGAUUCACCUGGAGCGUGUGCGUGGUAGGACCGGGGGAACAGCAACGAGAAGCAGCUGGCAGGUGUAGGCGUUUCAUGAUAAAUUGCUUGUGUUAGUUUUGAAACUAGGCACCUGUUGGGAUAGUCUUUAUCUAAACUUUGUUUUUUAGACAUGGUCGAUGCAAGCAGCGAAUGAAAGCUCCCAGUUUGCCUUCUAGGUUUGAAAGUUUUUUGUGUAAUUCUGAAUGUGACCUUAAACCCUUCCAAAAUAUCCUUCCGUUAAUUUCACUUAUUUCAUUGCCAAAAGAUGGAGAGACUUAAAUUUUGUUACAGGCAUUUCACCCCGUUCAGUUUCAUAUUAAUUGCAUAUAAAUCAAACUCGGUGUAGCUUGGUUUCUUUGAUUGUUGCCAACUUAUCGAAGAGGUUUUUUUUCUUUGAGUAGCAGUUUGUCAUGUUCAAGUAUCCUGUUCUCUUGAAAUUCUCCUUUUAAAAGAAGGAAACCACUUUCAUAAAAUUUUAUUUUGGAAGUCUGUUAACAGGAGCCCAGAUUUUUCUGGUUUCUAAAUUUUCCAGGGGAGGGGAGAACUCAGGGCACCUUUCACUCCGCGGUGUUAGCCGUCUUUUUUUUAUUUUACUCUUGGAAAUAAAGACUUCUAGGAUUUUUAUAUUUUGGGAACCCAGUUUUUACCAUUUUUGUCAUUAAAACAAUAAGACAGUUUGAGAGGAUAAGAUCUAAGUAAAAAUGUUUGAAGGGUUAAUUUUAAAUUCCAGAAGUUGGUAAGAGCUGGACAGAUACUCAUCCCUCACCUCACAGACCAACGCCUACUUAUCAAAGGAAUCAGGGUUCACAAUGGUUUUUCCAGACAAAUGAGGCAAAAUGACUCAUACAUCGAUUGAGUAACUAAUAAAACAUACGAAGCAUCCUAGAAAAGUGGUUCGUCAGUCUUGUAAAAGCCCCCCUCAGUCCAGACUGUGUGGUUAAGAUUGCCAGCACGGGACGCGGCAGGGCAGUUGGGCUUCUUAUGAACCGGCUUUUCUUCAUUCUGGACAAUUGCAUCUGAAUAUGUGCACAUACUGACCGAAAUAAAAUCAGGCUCUCAGUUGGUAGUUUCCUCAAUUUCUGGGCAGAUAGUCCAAAAAAAGACAUUUAACCUCUGAACACAGUGUGGCCUGUCACACGCUGAGCACGCUCCUUCCAGACAGGCGGCGGUGGGGCCCGCAGCUUCCCAGCACACGGCAGACGGGCUUGUGCUGGAAGUGGCCCUUCACUUUAGAAACCGAGAUGCAGAUGUAAGGAUUUCAGAAAAGCCCUUGACACCUAAUAAGUGUGAGGAGCAUCCUUUGGCUGAUUGAAUAGAGUCAGGAUUUGAAGGGGCUUGGGUUUCAGAAAUGGACAGUGAGGGCACCGUGGGGCCUGCGGCCUCGUUCUCGGGCGUGUGUCCCUGAGCGCCGCGUGUCCAGGUGCCCCGCAUGGGGCAGGGGCACCACCCGGGACUGGCCGCCGAGGCCUUGGUUCCACAGGGCUUCCUUUUGUCUACACACUCCACGCAGCUGACAGAAAUCUGAGUUCCAAGGCACUUCUGGGAAAUACGAAUGAAUUCAGAGGAGGAUGCCUUGGUUUCUGCUGUUUCAAAUAUGUGGCAUUUAAAAAACAAUAUUUUUACUGGUUUUAGCUCAUCAUAUUUUUGAAUUUCUUUGUCACUUUUUACAGCUUUUGAAGACCAAACUGCAAAUACAUUACCAGGGAUGGUUUUGUGUUGUCCUACAUAGAGUUCUUAAAUUUAACAAAAUAUUCAGAACUUGUGGUAGCCAACAGCUUUGUCUGGCGUUUAAAAUAAGUCAAAAUGUGCUGUUAAUAAGAGAUGCGAACUGUUGUUACCUUCAGUGUGACCUAGUGUGGUAAUAGUCUUGAAAAGGCAAACAUCGAGUAACUUUAUCUGAAAAGCUUUAAAAGUGGCCUUUCUGUUACAUACGUGGUGCAGAUGGCGCCUUGUCUUGCCUCGUGUGCUCCGUGUCUGCUGCCACCAGAAGUGGCUCUGGGCUCUGCAUUUGACACACUCAGAGUGCCGUGAGCCCUCAGGACUGCACCGCGGGGGAAGGCCAGCCCCUGUCUGGUGCCAGUUCUGUCCUUGUUUCAUUUGUGCUUGGAGGCAGAGUUGAUGUUUUGUCUCAGUAGUCAGUGUUCACCUUACCGUAUGGUUGGUUCUACAAUCACCUGCUGUACAUUGUGAUCUGUGCAGUAAAGCAGAACUGGGGACAUGUAUCAUCUUUGCAGACCUGAGACUCCCUAGCCCAGUGACAGUGGCGAUUCUCAGUUACGGGGCUGUGCAGCCGCGGAAGGGGUGACGGGGGGGUUGACAGGAAGUAGGAAGUGGGGUCUAGAGGGCGUCGCGCAGGCAGUCCUGCUGGCCCGUGGACGCCGUGCUGUAGUGAGGACAUGGUCAGGGGGCGGUGGACAGGAGGCCCGUGUGAAGACGGGAAGCGCUCAGACUUGAUUUCCUUUAAAUUAAUCACCUUUGUUUUCUCACGUGCAUGUAAAUGCGUAUCAAAGACUUGAACAGCGUUCUCCUGACAUUUGAGGAUUUUUUUAGUUUCAUUAUUAAAAGUGGUUAAGCACACAAAGCUGUUUUUGUUUGUAUUUUGUUUAAUAUUUUGAGUUUUGUGACUAUGAGUUUAAAUGAAAUCUGUUAAAAGUUUCAGAGUUAACAUGCUUCUUUUGGUAUUCUGUUUGGAAUAAAGUUUUUUGUUAAGUCCA